CAUCGCACAGGCCGCGACCGAGUGAGCGAGCACGCACACUGCACACACACGGGGGCCGCCGCCGCAGCUGUCUCACGGACCAGGUGAGUGGUCGGGAGGGGCAGGGGGCGCCGGAGCGCUGCGCGGCAGACGUACUUACUGCCGCAGCUGCUGCGAAAUGCCGUUGCUUGCUACUGCGAAGCGGCGGCGCCACCAGCAGCAGCAGCGCGUGUGGGCGCUGCUGCUGGUCGCCAUGCUGCUGAUCGACGGCGGCGGUGGCGGGGGCCGCGGCCGAGGCAGAUUCUUCCCAACGCUGGCGGCAGCGGCAGGCGGUGACGGCGGCACCCCGUUCACAGCGGAUGUAGCCGCCGCCGCCGCCGCUCCGGCCGCCGCUGACACUCCGGCUGCUGCUGCUGCUGCUGCUGCUGCUGCUGCUGCUGCUGGUACCGCCGGCACUACUGCGGGCGUUGCUACGCCUGAGGCGGUGGCUGCGGCACUGGCGGCGGCGGCGGCGGGAGGCGAUGACUACAGCGGCGAUGGCGGUGAUGGUGGCGGUGAUGGUGGGGAGGACGGUGCCGUCCGGCCGAUGCAAUGCAUGUCGUACACAACGGACGUGUCCUUUCCCGGCGGCAGCCCCGGCAGCGUGAUCAGCACGCUGCUGGUCCAGGAGCAGUUGGGUCCCACUGUGGGUGCUGUGGAGGUGCGCGACCUGGCCUUCACCCACCCGCGUGUGGGGGCACUGGUGAUCGCGCUGUACCGGCUGCCGUACAGCCACGCCCCUGCCGACACGCCGUACACCGCCGCGCAGCUGGCCUCGAUGUCGGGCGGUCGGCGGGCGCUGCUGAAGGGGCUGCAGCAGGGGCAGGGCGCCACGGGGGGUGGAGGGGGUGGGGGUGAGGGUGAGGGGCUGGGGCUGGGGUUCAGCGACGCGGCGGGCGCCGUGUUGGCAGUGGACACACCACACGCCGCCGGCAACCUCACCGGCAUUUACAGGCCCGCCACCCCCCUGUCCGCCUUCGCCGCCGCCAACGCCACCUCCGCCGCGCGCUGGGUGCUGCGCCUGGCAGACCUGGGGGAGGGCUGGCAGAGCCGCACGCUGCAGCUGGACAGCUGGACGCUGGUGCUGUGCCCGCCGCCGCCGCCCGGUACCCCCGCCAACUCCACGGCGCCCAUAGCCCUGCCGCCGCAGCUGCAAAUAGACAUGGCGCAGCAGGCCGCACGUGACCGCAUUGUGAACCGCGGUGCCGCCACCGGCGCCGCCUCCGCCGCCCGCCUGGCGGCCCUGGGCGGGCUGCCUCUGUCGCCCGCGGCCGGCACCGCCGUCAACAUCACCGCCACCACCGUGUUCAAGUCCUACAGCGACCUGGCAGAUGACGCGGUGGCGGCUGUGAUCCAGCGCAUCGACAACAUCCAGGAGCUGUUUGGCCUGCCCUACACGCCGCCGCCCGGCAUCAGCGUGUGGCUGCCCUGGGUGGAGCUGCUCAUCGGCGGCAGUGAGAUCAUCCUCAUGAACUUCGUGUGGCCCGGCAAGAUCGUGUCGUACGCGCUGCAGCUGGAGGUGACGGUGCGCACCCGCAUGACCAUGGCCGCACCCAACACCACCACCACCACCACCUCCAACAGCGGGGCAGGCGGCAGCACCGGUGUGCCCGCGCCCGCAGCCGGCGGCGGCACCCCCGCACCGGCCGGCGGCGGCACCAACAGCGGCGCGGGGGGGAGCACUGGCGUCCCGGCGCCCGCAGUGGGUGGCGGCGGCACGGGCGGUACCGGCGGCACCGGUGACGGCGGCAGUGGCGGCAGUGGCGGCGGCGGUGGCCCGCCCUACAACGGCCCCUGCUCCAACGAUGUGUCUGUGUAUGACCGCGGCGACCCCUUCGGAUACAUGCCCCGGCCGGGCGCCCCUGCCGGCACCCCCCCGGAGCGUGUGGACAAGCAGGCGGUGCUGGACGCCCUGUGUGACCUCAGCAAGGGACAGAGCGGCGCAGCCAUGUUCGGCGACAGCAGUGGCAGUAGCAGCAGCGGCAGCAGCACCGACAUGCCCUCCACGCGCUCCUCCAACGACCCCACCGCCGCCGCCGCCGCCACCACCAGCCGCCUCACCCUGUACGGCGCCGCGGACGGCUCACUGCCCGACUUCGAGCCGUCGGGUCGUGCGGCGGAGAUGCGGCGAUCGCUGCUGGGGGGCGCUGGGGGCGGUGGCGCGGGUGUGUUGGCGGCGUCCGGCACACCGCUGCAGCCCAUGGACUUCACCCGGGUUGACCAGCCCGGGCUGCAGCUGCUGGGCCACCUGGCCGGAGACCCCUCCGACCCCUCCCCAUCGAGCGACAGCGGCGAUGACAGCGGCCCCACCACCCGCUCCUCCUCCGCCUCCGCCUCCGCCGCCCCCGACCCUGACGCCCCCGACCCCGGCUUCCUGGACUCGGUGUCGGCCAUGAUGGCGGCGGCGCUGAACCCGGACGAGUACGCCGCAGCCCUGGACGGCGGGCUGCAGGACCUGGUGGACCAGGCGGACACGGCGGCUGCGGCUCUGGGCGCCGCCGCCGGCUCGCCCGCGCUGAGGUCGGCGGCGGGGCCGGACGGCGUGAAGGCGGCGGAGGCGCUGCAGGCGGGGGCACAGACCUACGGACACAUACUCCGAGCGGGCCAGGCCAGCCUGAAGCGGCUGUCCAUCCAGCAGCAGAAGAACCAGACCCGCGCCGUCCUGCAGCAGAACGGACCGCUCACGGCGGCGGAGAGGGCGUUCGCCACCCGCUUCGUUUGGAACUUCAACUUCGUGCGCAUCAACUUCCGUUUCGCGGCGUCUGACGGCCUGGUGACCACGCUCCAGCAGUUCGUGUACCAGCUGAGUGACGUCAACACCAUCAUCAGCUCCGCACGCAGCCUGGCGGCUCUGGACCAGCGGCAGUUCGGCAACGCCUCCACGCAGGCCGCCUUCCAGGCGCGGGACGCCCAGCUCAAGCGCAUCCAGGACCAGGUGUCCGGCGCCUGGCUGGUGGACCGCAUCGACAACCAGACGCAGGCCAUCAAGGCAAAGCAGCAGCAGCAGCGCCAGGCGCGCAUGCCGCGACCGCCGCCGCGACCGCCCUCGCCGCCGCCGUCGCCGCCCCGGCCCUCGCCGCCGCCACCACAGCCCAAGCCGCCGCCGUUGCCCGCCUCGCCGCCGCCAACCUCUUCGCCACCUAACAACAACAAUAACAACAAUAAUAACAAGAAGCCCCUCCACGGCCGCGGCGGUCACGUUGACGACAUGGGCGGCAGUGGUCGGCGCAGUCUGCAGGAGGUGCGGCGGCUGCUGCAGGCGGCGGAGGAGGGCAGCAGCGGCAUUGGCAGCCAGGAGGUGGCGGAGCAGGAGCAGGUGGCGGAGCAGGAGGUGGCGGUGGAGGAGGAGGUGGCGGAGGAGGUGGCGGGGGCGGGGGCGGAUGCGGGCGUGGAUGCGGAUUCGGCCGGGACGGGCGCGGCCGGGGCUGUGGGUGGUGGUGAUGAGGAGGAGGACGACCCGCUACUGCCCACUGGAGAGACCGUGGACGCCUGGCUGGCCCGCAUCACGGCAGAGGCGGAGGCGGAGGCGGCACUGGCCUUCCGGCGCAUCCCCCACGACCGCAGCACAGGUCUGGACCGCGUGAUGGGUCUGCGCCGCUCCGCCGCCUAGCUAGUGCAGCCGCCGCAGCCGCCGCCGCGAGCAGCCGCUCAGGGGCCGCUCUGAGGCGGCAGCUCAUCACUGCCAGCCCACCACUGAUGAGACUGCCCGCACGGACCAACAGCACCGCCUGGCUGGCAGGUGGCGGGGGCGCCUGCUGCGAGCCCUGUGGCAAACAGUGUAUAUAUGACGUGGCUGGGUUGCUUCGGUGAAAAGGUGGGGAGGUUGUGAUGAUUGCAGCGGCCGCAGCAAACAAUACCGGUAAUGAGGCCAUGGAGGCAAUCUUAAGUGCAGCUGCUGGCCGCUGGUGCAGUCAAGUUUUAUUUUGUACAGGUUUUGUUGCGGCUGGCGCGAAGGGUUGUUGACGGGAGGCGGGCGCUAGCUGCUCCAUACAUCGCUGCUAGCUGCUGUCCUACCUAUGGUCGUCUGGUCGCACAAGCGGUUAAUAAUAGGGGUGUUGUUUUGCCCGGCGUGCGCGUGUGCGUAGCUCGUAUGCUUGGGGCGUGCACCUGUUGGCUGGGCAUUACAGGAUAGGUCGUGUUGCCGAGGGGUCGUGAUCAUGAGACUGGCUCGAACUAGG